GUUGUCAAGGUUCUGCGAACUUCAGAUCGUCGUUCGCACAUCGUCGAUAGGAAGUCAAGUGCGUGUGGUGUGUGCGAAAUUGCUUUUGCUAAUCUUAACAAUUCUAUCUAGACUCGAAUAAAUUUGUACCGGCAUGGCUUCACGUCUCAUCCAACGCAUUGUCACAGCUCCAACAUCGGGACGAGGAUUCUCGUCGAGUGUACGGAAGGUCACCCUAAUUCCUGGCGAUGGUAUCGGACCUGAGAUCUCGGCGGCCGUCCAGAAGAUCUUCGAAGCCGCCAGCGUUCCUAUCGAGUGGGAGCCCGUGGAUGUUACUCCAGUUCGGCAAGCAGAUGGAAAAUUCGGUAUCCCACAAGCCGCCAUCGAUUCUGUGAAUCGUAAUAAAAUUGGCCUUAAAGGACCACUGAUGACACCAGUAGGCAAAGGCCAUCGCUCAUUGAACUUGGCCCUGCGAAAGGAAUUCAAUUUGUACGCCAACGUUCGACCAUGCCGCAGCUUGCCCGGCUACAAAACUCUCUACGACGAUGUCAAUGUUGUUACCAUUCGUGAAAACACUGAAGGUGAAUAUUCAGGUAUUGAACAUGAAAUUGUCGAUGGUGUUGUGCAGAGUAUUAAGUUGAUUACGGAGGAAGCUUCACGGCGUGUUGCUGAGUUUGCCUUCCAAUAUGCCAAAGACAAUAAGAGAAGUAAAGUUACCGUUGUACACAAAGCGAACAUUAUGCGAAUGUCUGACGGUUUGUUCUUGAGAUGCUGUCGUGAGAUGGCCGAGAAAUAUCCUGAAGUAAAGUUUGAAGAACGUUAUUUGGACACUGUGUGUUUAAAUAUGGUGCAAGAUCCUGGUAAAUACGAUGUCUUGGUCAUGCCCAACUUGUAUGGUGAUAUCUUGUCUGAUAUGUGCGCUGGUCUCGUUGGAGGUCUAGGUCUGACCCCCUCAGGAAAUAUUGGUUUGAAUGGCGCCUUGUUCGAAUCGGUCCAUGGAACAGCUCCCGACAUCGCUGGUAAGGAUUUGGCUAAUCCAACUGCUCUUCUACUAUCCGCCGUAAUGAUGUUGAAGCAUAUGGAGCUUAACGAUCAAGCCGAUCGUAUCCAAGAUGCUUGCUUUGAAGUAAUCAAAGAAGGAAAAUACCUCACUGGUGACUUGGGUGGUAAGGCCAAGUGCUCCGAAUUCACACAGGAAAUUUGCAGUAAAAUCAAGUAAAUACCUCUUGAAACCAAUCGACAAUAGCAAGUAAUUGUAAAUGGAAGACUAUGCAAGAAAAGAUUCUUCUAUUUUUAAAUUUCUAUUUAUUUGAAACCAUCGAACUGUCGAAUAAAUCUGUUUUUAUAUGCAAAAAACAGCUAGCCAGUCUUGCAGCUAGUCCCAUUCUCCUUUAGAACAUUAUUGUAUUGUAAAAUCAAAUUUGACCUUAAACGUAUUAUAAUCAUUGAUAGCCAAUUAGUUGAAAUUGAACAAGGAAAACUUUUUAGGCGGAAUUAUUGACGUGAGAACUUACUCUAUUUGAGAGUCAUUGUUAUAUUCGCUGUUGAAAUAUAUUCUUUCAACAUCCACAAAUGUAUUAUUUCAGCCCGCAGAUGUCACUACCGCAUCGACAUGUACCAAUUAAGUUGUUAAGUAGAAUUUCAAUUAUUUAUUGUACAACAUAAAUCAGAAAAUGAUAAAUAAAAAUUGAUAUUGAUAAA